AUGCUGACAGCUUUGGCUGACUGGAAAAGUUUUUCACUCAGCUCCAAACUUUCAGGAGCAUAUGCAAGUUGUGGCGAUUUGAAUUCUGCUAAGCUAAUCUUCCAUAAGACGGGAAACCCGAAUAUAUUCGCAUUCAAUUGGAUGAUUUCAGGGUUAACUUUUCAUGGCCACCAUGAGGAAGCCAUUGUUUAUUUUACAUUGCUUCAACAGUCUAGAAUCUUUUGUCCCAAUAAAUUUACAUUUUCAUAUGUGUUGAAAGCUUGUCUUGGUUUAAUGGAUGUGCUUAAGGGCAUGGAAUUUCACUGUCUCGUUUGUAAAAUGGGAUUUGAUUUGGAUGUCUCCGUUGGUAAUGCUUUGAUCGGUAUGUAUGGUAAAUGUGGAAGGAUAUGGGAUGCUCGCAAAGUGUUUGAUGAAAUGUUUAAAAAAGAUGUUGCUACCUGGACUUCAAUGAUCUGUGGGUAUUCUAGUGUGGGAAGGAUUGAAGAUUCGGCUAUUUUGUUUGAGCAGAUGACUGUUAAAGGGGUACAGCCGAACGAGUUUACUUGGAAUGCUAUGAUUGCAGGGUUUGCUCGGAGAGGAGACUGUGAUCUAGCUUUUGCUUUCUUCUCAAGGAUGCAUGAAGAGGGGUUGAUCCCCGACUUAGUAACUUGGAACGCGAUGAUUUCUGGCUUUGUUCAGAGUCAAAGACCAGCCGAAGCAUUUCAGCUGUUUGUCAAUAUGUUGUCUAGUGGCUUGAGGCCUAAUCAAGUGACCAUCACGGGUUUAUUACCUGCUUGUGGAAUGAUUGGUUCAAUCAACCUAGGGAGGGAGAUUCAUGGUUUCAUCUUCAGAAAGGAGCUACAAGUUAACGCCUUUGUUGGCAGUGCCCUUGUAGAUGUAUACUCUAAAUGUGGCAGCGUAAAAGAUGCUUGGAACGUCUUUCUCUCAAUUUCCUGCAAGAACUUUGCUUCGUGGAAUGCCAUGAUCAGAUGCUAUGGAAAUUAUGGCAUGCCGGAGUCAGCCGUUCAAUUAUUCCAGCGAAUGCAAAAUGAAGGUAUACAACCAAAUGAAGUCACCUUUACAUCUAUUCUUGCAUCUUGUAGUCAUGGAGGUUUAGUGGACAAAGGGCUGGAGAUCUUUAAGUUGAUGAAAGAAUCCUAUGGUAUAGAACCAGCAAAGGAGCAUUAUGCUUCCGUUGUCGACCUUUUGUGCCGUGCUGGGAGGAUGAAUGAGGCUUAUGAUAUAAUCACAGACAUGGAAAUCGGAGUAACUGUGUCCACUGUUGGGGCUUUCUUGAACGGAUGUUUGAUUCAUGAAAGAAGAGAUCUUGCUGAAAAGAUGGUUCAAGCUGUGUUAUUGAAGAAACCAGGAGGUCUUGUGACACUCUCAAAUAUAUAUGCAGGUGAAGGAGACUGGGACCAAGUUGAGAAACUAAGGAUGCUAAUGAAGGAUGAAGGUGUCCUUACGAUGCCUGGUUCCAGUAGCCUUUAG